AAGCCGUGACGUUAAACACUGAUAUACUAUAUAAGUGGCCCGUAUUAGUGUCCAUAAGAUUGUGGAAAAUGGCCACACUUUUAGCAAUUUCCAAUGUAUGACAAUAAUUAGACGCGCAUUACGCAUAGAGGGAUAGAUACUGCCGAUUUAUCAUUUACGGUAUAUAUAUUUACGGAACUUAAAACAUAACGAUUUUUAAAAAUCACAUUAACAACAUGUGAAUACUGGUAUCUAUACUAUAGUGUCAAAGAAAACCGAAGUCUUUCCCCCUCAACGCUAUAAAUAUUAAUUAUGCGCUUCAGUGCCCCGAAGGCGAAUGUGUAACAGCCUGCAGCACACCGUGCAAACGGCGUCACUGCAGGCAGCUUAUAAGGCAGCGAGAGAAAAAAAGUUUUGUGCAACCUUGCGGUGCUUUCGCCCCACCUUCCGGGCGAAGGUAUGCCGGCGCUCGCCAAUCCUCAGCCGGGACAGGGCAGGCUGCAAGCGCUUUCGUUUCGUCUGCGGCUAGAGCCGGCCCUCCUCUUUCCGACGUAAAUCGCACGGCUUCCCACUCGCCCAUAAAGCCUUAUUGUUUUGGGUCCGGACGACAAAAUUACCGCGAUCUCGUUGGCAAACUGGACAGGCUGAAGUGCGGGGAGGCGCACGCACGGCGGGCGCAUUUGGGAAGGGACAGCGGAAAGUUUGCAGGGCGCGCACCAUGAUGUCUGGGGGGGCUCCGACUCCUGCUCCGUCCCGCGGAUGAACUGGGAUCCUCCCGCACAGCACUGUACUUCGCGCUUGUCGCCUAAACUGGUGAACCGGCCGCCAGCGGCACCAUGAAGCUCUUCCUCCCUGUCCCGCUGAUCUCCUUCCUGCUCCUCCUCCCGCCCGGCACACUGGAGGGCGCCUGUCCCCAGCAUUGCAGCUGCCCGACCCCCACCUCCAUCUUCUGCAGCCGUCGGCGCUCCUCCGUCAUGCCCCGGGGCCUGCCCUCCACCAUCAGCAACCUCUACGUUUUCCAGAAUGGAAUCGAGAUGCUGAACCAGGAGGACUUCUUGGGACUGAACAGCCUGGAGAUGCUCGACCUCAGUCAGAACAGGCUGACCGAGGUUCUGGACGGCACAUUCUCUCUGCUGUCCUCGUUGCACAACUUGGACCUGUCCUCCAACCAAAUAACACACAUCUCCCAGCAUAGCUUCUCUGGGCUACUCCUCCUGGAACGGCUGUAUCUCCACAACAACCAGAUCCAGAACAUUCACCCAGCCGCCUUUGACAAGCUAGACAAGCUACUAGAGCUCAAGCUGCAGGGGAACCAGCUGGUGGUUCUGCCUCCACUGUACAAGUCCAGCUUGCUGCUCCUAGACCUCAGCUACAACCCCAUCCAACCUCCAGACCCAACCGACCUGCAGACACCCAACCUGGAGACACUGAAGAUGGCCGGCCUGAGACUGACCGGUCUGAGCGAGGAGCUCAUGGCCAUGCUGGGAAACCUGCAUAGCCUGGACAUUUCUGAUAACCAUUUGAGGGCCGUGCCACCGGCCAUUUGGGAGGCGCAGGGGCUGACACGACUCAACCUGUCCCGCAACCCAAUGGGCCUACUGAAGGCCGAGGACUUCCAGAACUUAGAGAUGUUGCAGAACCUGGACAUCAGUAACCUCAACCUGCAGGGCUUCCCGGAAGGAUUUGCCGAGUUCCUGCCCAAACUCGAGGUCUUGACGGUGGCUGAAAACCCCUUCAACUGCCAGUGCUCGCUAGCCUGGUUCCCCAGCUGGCUGCGGGGCCGGGAGCUUCAGCUGGGCAGGACACAGGAGACCCGCUGUCACUUCCCGCCGCUGAUUGCCGGGAAGCUGCUGGAGAAUCUGGAUCACGGUAGCUUUGGGUGUCCCACAACCACCACCACCGCCUCCACAGCCAGGAGAAGCACACCCCAGCCGCAGCCACUGACCACUCGUCCCCCCACUACGCACGGCAUCCCCCCACCACCUGCCAGCGACAAACCCUCUACCAAGACUGAGAUCUACGUCCCACCCCCUGUCCCGGCCUCCCCCAGCAGCGCCAUGGAUGCCGAACCCGGCCUAUACUUCUGCCCUUCGAAGAUCUGCCUGAACGGGGGCACGUGCCAGCUGGACCAGCGCGGGAACCUGGAAUGCAUCUGCCCACGACAGACAUCGGGAACCUACUGUGAAAUCAUCGAGGACCCCCCGCCGCCGGACAUCUCGGCAUUGGAGCCCGACAUCAUCCCCCGUGAGGUCACCAGCACCACCAUCUUGCUGGACCUGCACCGUUACGUAGAGCUCCGCCCAUCCAUCAGCGGUGUCCGGCUGACCUACAGUAACCUCUCGGGGCCCGACCGGCGACCCCUGCAUCUGAACGUGCCCGCCACCUACCAGGAGUACACUCUGCGUGGCCUUCGGCCCAACUGUACCUACUCAGUAUGCGCCAGCCCCCUGGGGGACUCCAGCGGCCGGGACAGCUUCUGCACGGAGGCGCGGACCACCGGCCUGAUGUACUUCAGCCCGAAAGCCCGGCUGCAUGGCACCCAGCUCACCACCACCCUGGUGCCCGGUCUGGUCGCCCUGGCACUGGGUAUCGUCUUGGCAGUGGUGGUUGGCGCGGUGUGCUACCUGCGCAGGAGACGGGCCAAAGAGCACGCCGACUUCAGCUGCGAGCCGCUGCCCCUGGAGCUGGAGGGGGUGAAGGCCGACCCGGACAGCGGGCCACUGCCGCAGAAACAGCCAGAGGUCACGUCGACUCCGCCGGCUGUGCGGAGCAGCCUGGAGUAUGAGCUACCGCUCAUGCAGGCCCACUGCACGGCCAACAAUAAUGCGGCCGCUUUCAAACCCUCCUACUUGUGACCUUCGGCCCAUUUUGGGACGCCACCCAAAAGCGGCGGUCAGCUUCUCGUCUUACUCGGUCAGUAGCACAAAAGGCGCCGAGAUGCCGCCGUGGCGGAGAAGUCGGGAGAGAGGUGAGGGAGACAUAAACAUUAACCAGGACUGAAGAAACGCCCGACUCAGUCACAUGCAAUCAGUAUGGACUCUAAAGGACCCUACCGGGGUGUCCCUGUGGUGCCUGUCUCUUCACAAGUACUUGCCUCCUGCUCGCCGUGGUCACGCACCGUGUUCCUACGGGCAUGUCGCCAGGGCAGCACCUUCUGGGAAAGACCCGGGUGGGCAAGGGCACCUGUGAGGCGGAGUCUGAAGCCGGCAGCUGGCUCUCACCCAUGUGACACUUUCACUCACCCUCAUUAAGGGUGGGACCUGCACCGAAGGCGAGUUCCCGGUUGCCCGCGUCUAAGGAAGCAGAACUAUUAGCAGCAAAGUAAAGAUCAGAAGCAGCUCAGCACUAUCUAAAGGGCGUUGACCCUAAUCAACGUCAUGUGAUCGGAAUGAAGGGGUAAAUAUUAAAAAAAUAAAGAGGUAAACUCUUGGACUUGUUCGACCUUAGGGUUAUCUGAAGGUUACGUUUUUGAGUAUAUCUGGAGUAUUGUGCUGUUUUCUCUUACCCUUAAGAUUUGACUGUUACCUGCCCCUCUUGCUUGUAACUUAAGGCACUAAUCAGUAGGUUAAACUCUUGCAGGAUUAAGACCUGCCCGUGUGACAAAGUACAUCAGUCUGUUACACAAACGGCAUCUUGUUUGAAGGGAGGCGGGACUCUGCAUCCCUGAAACACCCCCCCCCCCCCCAAAAAAACCUCAGAAACCUCCCAGAUAUUGAAAAUUUCCAUCACACAGACGACUGUUAUUGUGUGUUAUGCUGUGAACCGACGCUAAACCCUUCUCAGCUGCGAGACAGCAGUGCCGUAUGAGAAAAACAAACACACAGGAAUCCUCAAAGGCCUUGUUUGUUGUUUCUGUCACAGUGAAUUCAGUGAAUUUUCCUCCCAGAACCACAGCUUGUGAAAAGCUCUGACCCGGCCGGCUAAGACGGCAGCAGCACAAGUGGACUCAUUCUCCCAGCAUGCCGCUGUGUGACAGCAUCACGGCCUCGCAGGGAAGAGGCCACGCCCACAUGUAUGUAAUGUGCGUUUUAGCCCGUCUCCAACGGGGGCAGAGGAAUUCAGAGUGCCACAAACGAGCUUACACGCCAGCUGCCGUUUUACUGGCAGAACCUGCACCUAGAACCUGCUGUAAUGAGACAGAGAGACCUCCGCUCCCACAGAAAGGCCCGGAAAGAAUGAUCUUCCCACGCACAGCAUGUCGAAACUCUGAAAAC